AUGGAUAUUGAUGAUUUUUUGAUGAUUAGAGGAAGUUUAAUGAUAGCUGCUAUGAAGCAAAUCUCAUUGUCCAUUGAUAUCGACGAAUCUGCCUAUAAAGAUUUGACCAAAAUCAAUGAUGUUUACUCUCAUCUCCAGAUUCCAAAUUUUUUCAAUCAAUUUGCUUUUAUUUUUGACCCUUCAACAUUAAUUUUUGGACCGUUUAUUACUUAUACACAAUUUUUGGAGAUGAAAUAUACUUUAGAACAAGGAUUUCGUGAAUGUAACUACUAUAAUUUGCUUUUGAGGCUAUUACAUUCUUUUUGGCACUUGAUCAUCGCAUUGUUUUUUCUUCUCCUUUCAUCUUGUUUUGUCGACACUGAUAUUUUAUCUUCAUUCUACUUUUUACCUUCUUGGUUAAUUCAAUUUACAAAAGCUCUUGCCUUCCGCUAUUCACAUUAUUUUGUAUGUUAUUUCGCUACAUCUAUUGUUUUGAUUGGUGGAGCAUCCUAUUCGCUUGAGAUUGUCAGAUGGACGUCUGUUGAAUGGCCUGGAUCUCUGGCACAAGUUGCCUCGGUUUGGAAUAUUCCAAUGCAUUCAUUUCUUCACAAAUGCAAAUUUUUAUCGAAAACUUGUUUCCAAUGGUUUUGCUACUUUAUCAGCUAUUCUAAUUACUUUUGCAGUCUCUUCUUUAUUACACGUCUUAGAGAACGUCUGGCCAUUUCUCUAUCAGCUUGUAUUCGCACAAGGCUUUGUCCGAAUGAUGGAGGAUGUUUACACCGAUAUAAAUCUAAUUUAAAUCCAUUGGUGAUUUUGCCUCGUGUGUGUUUUCUUUUGAUAAAUGGCUACCAGCUUGUCUAUCUCGGCGCUCUUAUUCACAAUUAUGAUCAGUUUCAAUGGGAUACUUGGAUUAACGAGUUUAAACUGUUUGGACAUCUCCUUGGAUUAAUAAUGUUGUUGUUUUGUAUUUUGUUUGAUCAUAAUGGAAUUAUAAAGAAUGCUAAGCAAGAAAAGAUGCAAUAUAAAAAGGAGUAA